UUUGCUGUCUCAACGUCGCAGGAUACGGCGCAGCACCUGGACCGGACUAUAACUCGACCCGGCCUUACAGCGCAGACUACCGCGCAGGUAUCGACCAGUCUAUUCCGUACGAAUUGCCCACCGGGUUUCAGGAUUCGCAGGACGUCGUACGAGAAGAUUAUAGCGGAUCGAACUUCCAGAGGUACCCCGGAGCCCCUGGCGAGAAUAUCAACAAGGCUCCUCUUGCUCUGUCCAACGAACCGCUCAAGACCAAAAUCAAGCCGAAAGGGCGAGGCAAGCGGAAAGCCGAGCAGGUUGUCCAGGUUGAAGUCGAGACAGGCGGAGUUCCGAAUCCGAGCUAUCCACCUCCGCAGCGAAACGGGGCUGGUGUGAAUCCGACAGACCCUUUAGGAUCGGGACGUAAUAUGGAGGUGCAAAUCAAUCACGACUAUGCUUCAGGCAACGCUCCACCGCCAUACGACGACUAUGCCUACCCGGCAAACGGUCUUCCUUCGUCGACGUCGUAUGACCCGGCGCAAGGAUUUUCCAGCCCUUCGGGUCAAGGACCGCUUUUCCCACCGCAGCCGUCGAACGGUUCGCAUCAUCUCUCGCAAUCAAACUACUCUGCCGUGGCUCCUCCUCAAAACUUGGAGCAGUCGCCGCAGACGCAGCGUCCGCACGAACGUGUCCCGGCUGGACCGAGUUAUAAUGCUAUGGCUGGGCCUAGUAACCCGUAUCUCCAAGGGCUUCCGCCAGCGAUCCAGUCGCAGAUGCCUGGUGGCGCCGAUUAUGGAUCCCUCCCAGUGGGCGUUAGUGGAGGCAAGAUCUUCAAAUGCAUGGGCUUCCCAGGCUGCGAAAUGACAUUCACACGGAGCGAACAUCUUGCACGACACGUCAGAAAACAUACUGGCGAACGGCCCUUCCCCUGCCAUUGUGGCAAAGCCUUUUCCCGCUUAGACAACUUGCGACAGCAUGCUGCUACCGUUCAUAACGACAGCGUCGACCUGAACGAUCGCAUGCUGAGAGCUUUGGCGCCAGUACACGCGGCGCUUUCACAAAGAGCUGGUAAAGAGCAGCGUCAGCGUGGAGAGGUCCUUUCGGUCCCCAAGACGGCAGCCGAACGAGCGAAAUCGGUUCAACCAAAGAAACCCAAGAAGACAGCACCUCGAGGAGUUGUCGAGGGCAACAGUGGGCAUGGCCCGAUGCAGAUGAUGCAGUCUCCACAUCAUUUCGGACCUGAGAUGCCCCCACCGCCGCCCGUUUUGAUUCCAGGUCAACCCGGAUUCCAGCUGCAGCACCCCAUCUCAUCCUCGAUCACGUCGAAUCCCGACGUCGUUGCCCACUAUCCUACCCAGAUGGUACCGCCUCCCGCCGGUGGACCUCUUCACGCCAUGCCUAUGAGCCAUCCCCAAGCGCAUCAGCCGCAUCCUCCGCCUUGGUUUCCCCCGCACGCCACAAUAGAAGGACAGCGGCCUGAGAGUUCGUACAGACCAGGCACAGACGGUCGGCCUGGCACUGGAUACGCUUCACAUCAGACCUCCGCGGGGGUAUCGCCGCACCUACCGAAUCCGCCUCAGUCUUCGAGCCUUUCCGGUUACGGAAAUUAUGUUCGAUCGCCGCAAGAGCAUCCUCCUGCGGGAUUUCAAUACGAGCCGUUUCCUCACGGGAUUCGACCAGGAUCUAAGCACCCAGUCUCGCUACAGCUGCACCAUCCGCCUCGAUCUGCUGGACCCACUAUGGGUGCGGGUCACUCGGCCGCAUCGGUCGAUGGUAGAUUUUCGGACCGGCCGGGCACCGCAUCAUCCCCCUACUUGCAAAUCCCUACCCUGACGUCAGCUCCACCAUACGCUCCGACCUACCCCCACGCUCAACCACCGAGUGCAGGUGCGCAGUUGAGCUUUUCACCCCAUCCCCCUCGUUCGUCUCAUCCGGCAGAGAUCUAUCAACAACAUCCUGGAACCGCUCCGUCGUCAGGCCGACCGGGGACCGGAAUACUACAGCAUCAACAGCAACAGUCGAUGCCUCUGCAUUCCGGGCCCUAUCAGUCUUCCCAUGGCUCUUCCGGGCAUUCGUCACGCUUGACCGGCAACUCGUCUCAGCACAGCAUGGGACGUGUGACGCAUCAACAGAUUCAGGAAAUUUACGGGAACAGUGGCGCCACGCAAGAGUCUCCGUUUUCGUAUCACCCUCCACCGACAGCGACCCAACCACCUCCGACUCAGUAUUCGUUCGGAAGCGGAGUGCCGGAUUAUGGUGUGCAAUCGCAUGGGUUCCAACCCGAUCUGGACGUGAGGAAACGCAAAACCGAAGAGUUGGACAGCGAUGUCUACGACAUGGAGAGGCGAAAAGGCCAGAAGACGGAGCUCGGCAAGGUGGCGACGGGCGUCUUCUAUCCUGGACGUGCCGAGAGGAGAAACUCGCUCGCCAUUUCUUCCCUCAUCACCGGCGACGGGCAAACUCAGAUCCAACCGCCUCCAGAGCACGGUGCGAUGGCUCCUGACUAUGGCAACGGUUAUUAUCAGGACAAUGGCGAACCGGGCAUUUCCGAUCAGCACAACAUGGCCAGCUACACGUUUGGUAACGUCAACGGGCCCGAUUAUGGUUACAACGCUGGUGCGCAACCCUCAUACAUGUUGGAGGAGCAGCAACAGCAACAGCAACAGCACCUGCAAGCUCAGCCGCACGGUGCUCCGGGCAAGCCGGGUCAUCAUGCUAUGGAUGUCAAAGCGAGAGCGCUGCUCGACAACGGUGGCUACGACGUAUGAGAGGGCAGUUUCGAUUGAGUAGUAGGAGUCCGACGUGACCCCUUUCAGGAUAAUAGCAUACAGCAUCAGUUUCAGUAUCAAAUUUCGUUGUACCAUAUAAUUACUUGCAUAGCGAGGCAACUUGCCUGCCGCUCCGUAUAUUCGACUUUGAUUACGCUUGGAGCCUUGUCGU